GACUUACAACAUUCCUCGCUCGCACUUUCAACAUGGAGGAAGAAGCAGGUUUACCGCCUUUCCCGUUGUUCGCAUUGCACCGUGGUAAGAAAUUGACUUUACACUGACCUUCCCCUACCCAAGAACCUAAAUCUAUAACCAUUCCUCAUAAGCUCCAGCAUAAACAAAUCAAAAGAGCUUGCUGUGAUGGUUGGCCCAUCUUCUCGGAUGAGAAAGCAUCGGUACUCGCUUUGGAAUCCUAUGACUGAUGUCUCCAUACACUUACCGCCUCUCUCGUUGAAGCCCCACCAAAAAAUCCUCAACUGUAUCUUGUCGUCCCCACCUGGUUCUCGGGACAGUAUGCUUAUAUUAUUUGAAACAAAAACUCCUUCAUUCAUCUUUUGUAGGAUUGGAGAUGAUGAAAAAUGGAAGAAGCAGCAGAUUGAUGAUUAUUUCAGAAAAUUUUAUAUCGAUGUCAUGGAUUCUGUUAUCUGCAAUGGGAGGUUAAUCUUGAUCGCCACAUGUUGCCGUGAACUAGUUGCUUUCGAUAUCAUGCCAGACCAUUUAGCCCUAAUUGGGGAAGUUGAAGGCAAUCAUGUAUAUUAUGAAAGCAGAUACUCCUUCAACAUGGAAGACAAAACUACUUCCGUUUCUUCACCAUAUUCGAAUUUACGAGAAUCAUUGUACCAGGAUACUGCUUUCUACAUCAUGCCAGACCCAGACAACAGGGUGAGCAAUUAUGUGGAUAGACAUAUCAAGGAUAACUUAAAUGAUGGGAGCAAGGAGAUAAAGCCUGAAAUUGGUGAAAUUGUGAAUGAUACCGUAAAUGAUCAGGAGGAAGACGGUGCAGGAGAUCAAUUUUCCCCUCCAAUUCAGUCCUUGGAGGUUUCUCUUUCACCUUGGCUCACCUUUUGGGAAAAUGGUGAUAGUACUGGCAAUUUCUUUGAUCCAAUACGUAGUGAAAAAUACUUCAUGAAUAUUCCUAAAAACCAAUUUGAAUAUGUUGAACUGUAUUAUUCAGGAGAAGGUUGGUGUGUGAUGUUACAAGAAGAACAGUCCAUAUUCCUUUGGAACCCCUUUGCCCAGAAAACCAUUCCACUUCCAAAUAUUCCCCAUGACCGUAGUAUAGUAUCUGGAUGUGGAUUCUCAACUUCUCCGGACUCUUCUGAUUGUGUUAUUGCUUUGCUCAGUGAUCUUGUCACGGAAUGCUAUAUUGACUUUAUCAGUUUAAAAGAUGAGGAAUGGAGAAGUUUCUACUUAUUUGACAGGCAAGAAUCAGAAUUAGAAAUGGAUUUUGACAGAAAUAUGGCAUUCUAUAAUGGAGAUUUCUACUUUCUUGGUACGGCUGGAAAGCUAGUAGCUGUUAGAAUGAAGGAAGAGUUUUGCUGGGAAUCUCUUGACAAACCCGAAUGUCCUACUGACUCCUUUCACCAAAACUACCUCUUAAAUUGUGAUGGGAAGCUUCUAUCAAUUUUUGUGGCCUCCUUUGGAAAGUGGGUUCGAAUUUUCAGUCUGGAUGACUCAGAGAUGGCUUGGGUUGAAGUGGAAAAUCUAGGAAAUCAUACACUGUAUGUAAGCCAUCUAUCGUCCUUCUCAACGUGUGCAACACCAGGAAUGGAGAAUAGAGUUUAUUUCCCACAUUACCAUGGCCAGAGCGCUGUCUACUACUCACUUGAUUCAAGAAAGUUCCAUUGUCAAGGUUCUGAACAUGUUUUAAAAGACCUUUCUGUCACAAGAGAACAGCUAUUAUGUGGUUGGGUAGAACCCAAAUUUUAGAUACUCGUUUCAUUCCCCUCCUUUCAAAGGAAGUCAAGAUGUAAGAUUUCUUCUAAUGCUAUAACAUUCAAAAACCAACCCGUAGUAUCAGUUCAAAGAAUGUGCUAUCUAUAUUUGUAAAGGGGAAAAGAAUAUAUUAGUUCAUAUACU